AUGGGGGAACUUGAGGGCUCUCACGUCCCCGGCGUGCCGCAGUACGAGCCCCGAGAGCAGCGGAAAUGGCUCGUCCUUGUCGUCGCCUGGAUGACGACGCUGGCCGCCCUAGCCGUCAUGGCACGCCUGUGGUGUCGACGCAUUCGCAACCAGCCCUUCUGGUGGGACGACUACCUCAUCAUGUUUUCGACGAUCUGGAACUGGGCCGUCGUGGGCGUCGGGUUCGCCAUGUUCAUCGAGGGCGUGGGCUACCACGCCGACGAGGUGGGCGAGCGCGCCGUCGCCAACAUCUCCAUGUGGCUGCUCGUCACGGAAAUCAUCUACGUGUGGAACCUGUGCUGGACCAAGCUCGGCCUUCUGUGCAUGUACUACCGCAUCUUCCGGUUCCCCCUGUUCAAGAGGCAGGUCGUGGCCGUGGGCGGCUUCGUCGUGCUCUGGGCCGUGUGCGUGUCCUUUCUCUUCACCUUCAUCUGCGUGCCCGUCGAGAAGCUGUGGCGGCCGGCCGUCGAGGGCCGCUGCGUCAGCGAGCUGGGCGUGUGGCUGGCCAACGCGAGCUCAACCAUCUUCUCCGACGUCGUCAUCUUGCUGCUGCCCAUCCCGCAGGUCUGGAGGCUGCAGCUCAAGACGUUGGAAAAGGUUGGCCUGACGCUGGUGUUUGGCCUGGGCUUCUUCGCCGUGUUUGCCUCGUCGUUUCGCACCUGGGUCCUGUUCAACUACUCCAAGCACGACAUCAGCUACACGCUCGCGCCGCUGCUGGCCUGGUCCGACAUUGAAAUGUCCGCCGGCAUCAUCUCCGCCUGCCUGCCCACCAUGCGGCCGCUCGUCCGCCUCGUCACGGCCAGGCUCGGGCUCGCCAGCAUCUUUAGGCUAUCCCGCUUCACGCGCUCCUGGGCAGACGGGUCGCGCGAGGAGUCCGAUACCGCCGGCGGCAAGACGUCCAAGGAGAGCCAGAGCCGCGGCGAGGUCGUCGGGCUGCCUAGCUUCGUCACGCCGCAGUCUCUGCGGGUCACGGCCGAGCCGACCAGGAGGAGGGACAGGAACAGCGCUUUUUACAGGCUGCCCGACGACACCCCGUCUGGCCGGUUCGGUGGGAUCCUGGUGGAAACGAGCCUGGAAUGGGGGCUGGAGUCGGAAGGGAAAGCCGCCCCCGGCGCAGAGGUCACUGAGGUGCAGGCGCCGACAAGGAAUCUGACGGCCUACGAUAGCAGCAGUAGCAUCGAGAUGAUGGACGGGCUGAGUGCCGCCACGAGCAAGAGUGAGAUUCCGAUACGGAGGUGCCAGUAG